CAGAAAGCGCCAGCGUCUCCCAAAAGCAAGACUUAAAACCCCCGAGCCAAAGAAGCAUCUGAAAGAUAUCCUUCAGAUUAGUGACUGCAUACAAACUAAAAGUGUCCGGGUGUUUCUGCAGAGAAGUGUUUAAAGAUGAGGUCAUUCGCUGUCCUGAUGGCUCUGGUCAGCGUGUGUCUGGCAGCUCCGGUGGAGCAGGUCCCUGUGAUGCCUGAGGUGGAGCAGGUUCUUCUGAUGCCUGAGGAACAUGAGAGAGUCACUCCAAUUGGUCCACCUCAGGCCCAAGCCAGUAGCACCAUUCGGACCAUCUACUACCCAGUGCCCCGCCCAGAGACUGCACUCAGUCCAACCAAUCCCUACUACAACUACCCUUUCAACUACCCCAACCCCAAUCCCUACAACCUCUACCCUGCAUACCCUUACCCCUCUUACCCCUCUUACCCCUCUUAUCCCUCCUCCCCCUAUACCAACCCCUUCCUCAGUGCAUACACCCUACCCCCCAUCGUCAUCAGCCUUCCCAAGCUCAAUUGAGGGGGGGGGGGGGGUUGACAUUUCCCUGUCUGUGUGGAGUGAGGUAUUUUGCUCUGGUAGUCAUAAAUAAAGUUUAAGACAACAAUGAUGUUGCUACACAGUAGUUGACUUGUGAUGCCUCAGUGUCUUAGGUGAUGUCACUAGGUUUACAUUUUGGUGGAUGGCUCCAUCUAGUGUUUAAAUAAUAAACAUCCAGUG